AUGUCCAACGACGUGUGGACGACAAACUUGUCGGCACAAUACGAUGGUGCCUCGAUGGUUUGGGUCAUGGUUUCCGGUGCACUCGUGUGGAUCAUGAUUCCGGGUGUCGGUCUACUUUACUCGGGUAUGUCGAGAAAGAAACACGCCCUAUCUCUUCUAUGGGCAUCCAUGAUGGCCAUCUGCUUGGUCUCCUUCCAGUGGUACUUCUGGGGUUACAGUUUGGCGUUCGGUACCGCCCACUCCAAGUUCUUGGGGAGCUUGGAACACUUCUGCUUGAUGGGCGUCUUGGGUGAGAACGGCGGUUCUGCUGGCUUGCCUGACAUUGUCUUCUGCUUCUUCCAGGGUAUGUUCGCCAUGAUCACCGGUUGCAUCAUGUUGGGCGGAGCCUGCGAAAGAGCCAGAUUGGGUCCUAUGAUGGUCUUCUUGUUCAUCUGGAUGACCAUCGUCUACUGUCCUGUUGCCAUGUGGACCUGGAACACCGACGGAUGGUUGAACGUCUUGGGUGCCUACGACUUUGCCGGUGGUGGACCUGUCCAUCAGGCCUCCGGUGUCGGUGCCCUAGCUUACGCCCUAUGGUGUGGUAAGAGAAGAGACCCUUUGACGCAAAAGGGCAUUCCAAAGUACAGACCUCACUCCGUCACCUCGGUUGUCCUCGGUACGGUUUUCCUAUGGUUCGGUUGGUUCGGAUUCAACGGUGGUUCCUCCGGUGACGCAUCCUUAAGAGGUUUCUACGCUAACGUCAACACCAACUUGGCUGCUGCAUGUGGUGGUCUGACCUGGAUGUUCCUUGACUGGUUCAGAUGCGGCCACAAGUGGACCACCAUCGGUAUGUGUUCCGGUGCCGUGGCAGGCUUGGUUGGUAUCACUCCAGCCGCCGGUUUCGUUCCAGUCUAUUUUGCAGUUCCUAUCGGUUGCAUCACAGCAGUGUGCUGCAACUACGGUGUCGACUUGAAGGAUAUUCUCCACAUCGACGAUGGUAUGGACGUCUUUGCCAUCCACGGUAUCGGUGGUUUUAUCGGUUCGAUGCUUACCGGUCUAUUUGCUGCAGACUACGUUGCUGCUAGUGAUUUCGGUGUCAGCAUCAACGGUGGUUGGAUCAACCACUACUACAGACAACUAGGUUUGCAAUUGGCAGCAUGUUGCUCGAUCGACCUUUGGUCCUUUGUCGUCACUUCGAUCAUCUUGAACGUGAUGAACAGAAUCCCAUUCUUGAAGAUUAGAUUAUCCGAAGAAGAAGAAGAUCUGGGUACAGAUGCCACCCAAAUCGGUGAGUUCACCUACCAAGAGUCAAACAUGUUCAUCCCAGAACCAGUCAGAUCUAGGGUCGUUCCAGGUGAUGCAAACAAUGCUGAUGUUAAUGCUGUUCCAUUACCUGAGAAGUCAUCUACAGACGAAGAAAAACAUGAUACUGAUACUGUUUGA